GCGCAAUUUGCCAAUUUGACUUUUGCAAACGCGAGGGUUCAGUGAAUUUCUUGUGUCUUACCAAAUAAAAGUUGCGAUUAACGUGUGAUUUAUUUAGGAAUUGUUUUAUUUUGUUAAAUGUCGUGACAGUGACGAAAUAUGCAGUUUUAUAAGGAGAGGAUUCUCAACGCUGCUCAGUUAAAAAGACUAAGUGAACACAAAUAUUCUUGUAGCAGUGCCAGCUUACUCGAUGCAUGGCUCCAGCCAUGGUGGUGCUGGCUGGUUUCUAAAACGCCACUAUGGCUUGCACCGAAUCUCAUCACUAUAUUAGGUUUAAUUAUAAAUAUAGUUACUACUCUCAUUCUGGUUUGGUACAGUCCAGAUGCAAGACAAGAUCCACCAAGAUGGGCAUUUGCCUUAUGUGCUUUAGGAGUUUUUGUAUAUCAGAGUCUUGAUGCUAUUGAUGGUAAGCAGGCAAGAAGGACAGGAAGCCAGUCCCCUCUUGGAGAGCUAUUUGAUCAUGGCUGUGACAGUAUAUCUACUGUGUUUAUUGCUCUUGGAGCUUGUAUUGCUGUUAAGCUUGGAGAGUAUCCCACAUGGAUGUUUUUCCAGUGUUUUUGCGCAAUGACGCUGUUCUACUGCGCUCACUGGCAAGCCUACGUCACGGGCACCCUCAAAAUGGGUCGCAUUGACGUGACUGAAGCGCAGUACACGAUUAUCUGUAUACACCUCAUAUCUGCCACGCUCGGCGCCGACGUCUGGGCAACUCAGGUGGGCUCGCUGGAGAUGCGGUACUCGCUGGGUGGCGCCGCGGUGAUCGGCGCCGUGAUGACGCUGGGAUCCCUCGCCGCCGCCCUUGUCGCCGGCGGCGUCGGAAAGAAUGGCUCCACAGUCGCCCUUCCGACGAUUAACGUCAGCGUUAACCUGCUGUCUAAUUACUUCGUCGUGCUCCUCAACAUAUACCUGGUCUUCGGAUACAUUAAGGUCAUAAUGCGCGGCGGAGUUGGGAAAAACGGCUCUACGGUCGCAGGCACCAGUAUCCUGACGCCAGUAUUUCCCUUCUCGUUCGUGGUGGUCCCGGCGUUCAUAAUCUUCCAGAAGAGUGAGUCGCAGGUGUAUCAGAACCACCCGGCGCUCUAUAUCUUGGCGUUCGGAAUGGUCGCCGCCAAAGUCACGAAUCGACUCGUCGUGGCCCACAUGACCAAAAGCGAGAUGGACUACUACGAUUGGGCCCUGGUGGGUCCCGCGAUGCUCUUCCUCAACCAGUACUUCAAGAACGCGUUGCCGGAGUACUACGUGCUCUGGCUGUGCUUCGCCUGGGUGGUGGUGGAGUUGAUACGAUACUGCGGGCAAAUAUGCAUGGAGAUCUGCGAGCACCUCAAAAUCCACUUAUUCCGUAUCUCGCCCGCGUCCGCCGCCGCGUCCGCCCCCGCUUCCUUCUCCGCUCGCCACAAGCAAGCGGACAGAAACGGUACGAACCGGCGGUCCGCUCCCACGACGCGAUAUUCUUAAGACUAGUCGUUACCUUACUAUCGCGAACUCAAAUCCGGUAGCUAUCACGUACACAUAGGGGACGCCGAGCGGUGAGUUGUCGCGCUGUGCGCUUGCGACGCCUCACCGAGUAUACGUACGAACGCGUCGCUAUAUUCAGUAUGAGAACUGUCGGCGUAGAGCCAGUCGAGUUGCGCUCAAAUUGUAACAUUAAUCGAAGUCGACACGCGAAGAGGGUGAAAAUUAAAAGGUUGUUAAGGAUCGCGGCUCAGCCGUCGGCGAGUCACUCGUUCAGUUGUGACAUUUCGAUUUUCACUCUCGAUUAUCGGUGAUGGCGCUCCGUACCCGUAUAUUGAGAUUACAUGUAUUAUUAUGUAUGUGUAUGCUAUUACUAUAUAUCAAUAAACGCACUUAUAACUCGAACUGUCUUCUAUCGCUAAUUUCAUGUUCAAAUGAUUCUAAUCUAUUAAAAUUGUCUAUGACCGCUCACCGUGACUAGUGUCGUGUAGUCCUUUUCUGAAACAUUAAAAUAGCUGAAGGGACGAAAAACUUCCCGGCUUUAACCGUUCGAUUUCAUGUAAAAUAUUAUCUCAAUUGAAUUCAAGGUCUCGUGUACACAAUGUGAAAUAUAUUAUGUCUAUUUGAA